CCCACCGUCAAAACUGUCCACUGACCAAGAGCAGCAUGCCCCACUUCCUUCCCUUGAAAAAGGGCGAGUCUAGUGGGCCGCUAUUCUCGGACACUGAGCUGGACCGAAUCUCGGGAGGGAAUACCGAACUUGAACCCCGGAACUGACGUUAUUGCAAAAUAGCUGAGGGAAGGGGGAAUGAGGGGAUCUUUUAAAGAAUCGACGGUGCACUUAAGUCAUCUAUCGGUCCCGUGAGGUCUCUACAUCUUGCGAAACGUUCGGGAAUGUGCUUGUCGCCACGUGUAUGGGCAGGCAAACGAGCUCGAGACUGCUUUAGAAAGCAGUCAUUCCGAUCGGGGGAAACUGGGGGGAAACCUCGAACGAACUCUUCAAAGUUCUGUCAGGCCUUCUGCCGAAGUCGCAAAGAAGGGAAGUUGCGGAGGAAGCCUUGUGAGGUCAGAAAACCCCAUUGCUUGCUUCUACCAGACGGACAAAAUGCUGGUCGAUUGCCACGCCCACAUCUACCCCCCAGAGUUCACAGACAUCCCCACCAUCCUCGCCAACGCAAAGUCAUUCUCCAUAUCCGCAAUAAUCAACGUCCCCGAAUCCCUCCCCACCGCCCACACAGUCCUCUCCCUCUCCCACCUCCACCCCCUCCUACACCCCUCUCUCGGCCUGCACCCCGUUCAACCCGCCACCGCCUCCACUCCCGCUCACUCCAUCACCCUCGCCGACCUACCCCCCAUCCUCAGCCUCAUCCAAUCCCACUCUUCUGAGUUGACGUCAAUCGGAGAAUGCGGCCUCGAUUUCUCCCCGCAUGUCUUGGCCCUCACACCCCACAUCCCACCCUCCGACCUCAAACUAAUCCAACAACGCGUCUUUGCAGCGCAUAUAACUGCAUCCGUCGACUUGAACAUCCCGCUGAACGUGCAUUCGAGACAGGCGGGGCAUUACGCGGUUGAUAUGGUGGUUGCAUCGGGGGCGAGGGCGCUGUUCCAUGCGUUUGAUGGGAAGGCGGGGUAUGCGAUGCGGGCUGUGCGCGCGGGCAAUUUGGUGAGUGUCGCGCCGAGUGUGGUGAGGAGUGAGGGGUUGAGUAAGCUGGUUAAGGCCGUCCCGAUCGAAAGCUUGGUCCUGGAAUCCGAUUCACCGGCGUUGGCUGCUGUCCAGGGAGAGAUGAACCAGCCGAGUGAGAUUCGCGUCGCUUGUGAGGCUGUGGCUCAGAUCAAAGGCAUGCGGUUUGAGGAUGUGGAACGGAUAACGACCGAGAAUGCUUUGCGGUUUUUUCCGAACCUUAAGCUCGUGGAAUGAAUUACGGCUGUCAUCGGUGCUUCUCAUGUCCGAGUUCACCUCUCCUUCUGUCGUGUACCAGCAACCCACAGAACUGCACUCAAUUUUUGGCAACAGCUCAUAUUGAUCCAGUGAAUGACG